AUUUGACAAAACCAAGACAGAAUGUGUGUGGUGCAAAUAAGGACUGUUCUUUUUCUACCCUCUUGCGCACACCCCCCGGGGAAACUGUCAAGGGGACAAGGUUUUUUUUUUUUUUUCGUUCUUCUUUUUUUAUUGUUAAACCCUUUCAACACUAGAAUUCCAACGAUGCCUUUUUACGAACUUGUUUGUAUUGCACGUCAUAACAUUGUCGAGAGCAAUUUGAAAGAUCUUUUAAAGACAUCUGCAAAGCAAGUGCUUAAUCGUGGUGGUGUUGUACGUGGUUUCGAUAACUGGGGAGACAUGAAGAUCCCUCAUCGCAUCAAGAGACAUCAAGAAUACUUUACUGAUGGAAGAUAUUGGGCUAUGCACUUUGAUGCUAAUCCUCUUAUUGUUCAAGAACUCGGAAAGAAGCUUUUAGUUGAUACUCGUGUUUUACGUCAUACUUUUAUCAAGUUGGGUGAUAAGCUUGAAACUGUUGUUGCAAGACCUGAUAAGACCUAAAUUUUUUUGAUUCCUCCCCGCACCCACCACUAUUACAACACACAAGCACAUCACCACCACCACCACCACCAUCCCAAUUUUUGUAAAUAGAGUACGUGUGUUCUGUGUGUGAUCUCUACAGAUUUUUAAAAAAAAAAAAAAAUUAAAAAAAAAAAAAAAGGUACAGCAAAAGAAAAUAAAAAAAACCUCUGAAUGACGUUUAUGCUCGUUCUCUAUUGGGCUUUAUCUGGG